AGCCUCACGCGGGCCAUUCCCCCCUUCUUUCCCCUUUUUGUUUCUCCACACCCUUUUUCUCUUUCGCUUCUGCUUGGUUUCACUCGCUCCUCCCUUUUUCCGUUACUUGUACCAGCAAGCUGCUGCAUGCACUCGAGGACCUUUUUACCUCACCUCUCAGCCCCGUCGACGCUAUAUGCAAACCGCUUCACACUGCCACUUCGCCAGCAGCAACAGUAUAUCAUACGCACAUGGAACGCAGCCGGACCAGCGGCAAGCCCAGGGUGCUGUCGCUGAAGGAAUUGUGCAAGCGCGCGCUGAUGGCCAAGGUUGACAGGAUACGCCGGCUCGGAAUUGUGCCACAGUUUCUUGUCGCCGACGUGCUGGCCGUGUGCACGCCGGAGCAGCUGACGAUGAUUGAACACUUUAACCCGCACAUUGUCGACGACAACCAGCCUCUGUGGAUGGCGCACUGCCUGCGGACCUUUAAAGAGCUGCGUGCAUUGCCCGAGGAUAUCGAAAAGGGGCGUGCCGAGCCCGUGCACUGCUGGCGGGAUCUGUAUGCCCGCAUGAAAGCGCAGGACGAGGAAAGGGCCAAGGAUAUCGCGCAGCGCGUCAGAACCAAGGUCGCGGAGAUCGAGCAGGCAAAGAAGCAGCGGAGGGUCAGGAUGACAAAGCUGCCGGUGGUCGAGGCAGGCCGAGAUAGGCGGGUGGCGAGGGCUGGCGACCUGUCGGUGCUGCAGCGAGCAAGACGAGAGACCAAGGUGCACAUGUCGAGGAUGCACAGCCCCAUUGAUCGCUGGCCUAGCAGCACGAGCACCAGCCUCGGCGGCAGCGGCUACGGCUAUGCUGGCAGACAGAGCAUUGGCAGGCCAGGGCUUUCCGGUACUGCUGCAGCACCAUGCUCGAGAAAUAGACCUGCUGCUGCCCGGCCAAGCGCACGGGCAACCCGGUCUACUGCCAUGUCUGGCGCAAGCAGCAAUAGCAGUGCACGCCGCCAAAACUCUCCGCCAGCCGCCAGUUCCCCGCCAUAUCUACGGCAGCUCACGCCGUCCGGCUCGCCCUCACAUUCGCCACCCUACCAGGUGGCAUCGUACUCUCCGUCAUAUCUGUCGUCGGCAUCGUCUCAGUCGCCAACGUACUCUGCUGGCUCACCGCCGUACGUGCCAGACUCGGGUAACACUAGCCAAACCGAAUCAGCGACAGCGCAGUUCAAUGUGUUUGACGAUAUUUUUGGAUCCUCCCCGAACGCCGGCGGUGACCGGAUACCGCCAUCAGUGACCAUCACCGAGCAGACGCGGUACCGGAAACGGGUUGCUACCCCGGCAGAGAAGCGAAGACAGACGCAAAAGCGAGACGCUGACGAGGAGCAUGUGGACCGGGGCCCGUCAAAGAAGAGGCACACGCAACAAGGCAGUGGCGAGGAAAGCCGCGUGUACGUGGAUGAUGUGGCCGAUCCAGGGACGGAGGACCUGUUCCGCAUGCUGUCGGGGCAAUGACCACUAUUUAUUCAACCUGUACCAAUAGAAUUUUG